AUGUCUGACACUGAAAAGACCAGCGUUGAAGAGCGUGAAAAGAAGAGAUCUUUGCCUACCGACGAUUCCGAUGACCACGAUUCCGACUCUGAGGAUCGCCGCCACAAGCGCGCUGCCGUGAACGACUCCAACUCUUCUUCGCCCCAGCGUCCUCAGCACCGUCGUCGCAACUCUGAUGAUGCCUCGAGAGCCAAGGCUGAGGGUGCCGAAGGUGAUAUUCCACCAACCACUGCUUUGAGGUCCAUUGUGUCGACCAAGGAUGCCGGAGUGAUUAUCGGAAAGUCUGGCAAGAACGUCAGCGAGAUCCGUGAGCAGUCUGGAGCCAAGGUCACCAUCUCUGAAAUGAUCCCCGGUGCCUACGAGCGUAUCUUGACUGUCUCUGGCCCACUCGAUACCGUCGCCAAGGCAUACUCGUUGGUUGCGCAGAAGGUGAUUGCCGAGCACAUUGAGCCUGACGCAGCUCCCGAGACAGAGUCGACGGCGAUCCGUCUGUUGGUUGCACACCACCGCAUGGGCUCUGUGAUUGGCAAGUUGGGAUCGAAGAUCAAGGAGAUUCAGGAGGCCUCUGGAGCCCGUUUGGUUGCCUCAGAGGAGAUCUUGCCCGCCUCGACCGAGCGCACGAUCACCAUCACCGGUGUCCCUGACGCCAUCCACAUUGCCGUCUACCACGUCGGCGUUGUCCUUCAGGAGCACAGUGAGCGUGAUCGCAACGCCAGCGUGAUUCCCUACAGACCCAUGGGCCGCAGCGCCUUCCAGGGUCCCCCUGCCGGCGGCAUGGGCGGUUACCCACCCCACCACGGCUCGUCCUCUCACCAUCACCACCAGCAGCCCUACUAUGGAGGAUACCCUUCGCACGGUGGGAUGGGAUACGGUCAGGACUACAUGCCCCCUUCGUCGUCGCGUGGCGGCAGUGGCGGUCAUGGCGGAUACAGUGGCAGCGGAGGAGCCGCUGGCGGUGCAGGAGGUAUGAGCGGCGGCCCUGGCUCUGUCGCGCAGCAGAUCUUCAUCCCUAACGAUAUGGUUGGCAGCGUGAUUGGCAAGGGCGGCUCGAAGAUUAACGAGAUCCGUCAGAUGUCUGGAUCGCACAUCAAGAUUGCAGAACCCCAGAACAAUGGCGCCAACGAGCGUCUGGUCACCAUUACAGGAACCCCCGAGUCCAACCAGAUGGCCAUUUACAUGCUCUACCAGCGUCUCGAGAGCGAGAAGGCCCGUCAGUAA